GUGGAAACGAACGCGGGGUUCUCGCCGUUUCGAAUAAUUCCGUCAAGCGACACGAGCGCUUCAUCUCGGGCGGGCGAACUGCUGGCCACAGACACCGAUCGAUCAGACGUCCUCAAGCCUGAUGUGUUCGACUUCUCGGACAUGAGCCUUGUCUGCACCAUCAACGCUGAUGACAUUGCCAAUCGAUGGCUGAAUAACUUCGUCCCAAUACCGGGACAAUUGGCAAAGAACUACUCGUCGAGUAUAUCGGCUUUUAUCCAAAGAAUUCUGGAAUCUUACGUAAAUUCUUCCAUCCGCGGCCGCAAGGUUCCUCCUUUUGUACACUGGUCCCAGAUAACUCUGCCAUUAAGCCAACCCUUGUCAAACUGUCUUUUCGUCAUUCGAAGCUAUGACGGACCCGAUAUGGCAGGCGCUGAGGCUGUAGCCAACGAACUCAAGGUAGAGAUGGCGAGGCUUUAUAGCCAACACACCUCCUACGAUGACAUGACACUUCUCGCAGCAUUUCAAGCGCAUCUUAUUUACGCCAUGGUCAUCUUUUUCAAAUUCGGGAAAGCUUACUACCCAUUUCUGCGGGAGGCCAUGAUGAGUACCCAGGACCUCGCAUGUGCGGUGGCAAAGAAAGGACUCGCUUGCGUUUCCGUAGAUGAGCCCCGUCCCAAGUGGGAGUGCUGGAUUGCCGCCGAGGCUAAGCGAAGAACUCUGUUCACGAUGUGCCUCUUCGAUAGCGCCCUGUUGACACACGACGGCCUCCCAACUCAUCUUGCCACCGAGUUACGCGGGUUAUCAGCGCCGGCGUCCAAGGCGUUGUGGGAGGCUCGAACGAGGCGCGACUGGAUAGGUGGAUAUGACCUUGAGCAAGCAGAAUGGCCAGAUAGUUGGCUGACUAUCGACGAAUUAUGGCCUGUGCCUGGAAAUUACAGCGAGACUGAAGUUAUCCACAGGCGUACAAGAGUAAAAGCAUGGCUGGAGGACCUAGACGAGUUCGGCACAAUGAUAUAUGCUGUUACCAGCGGUACCCACGGUACCUGA